UCCCAUGACAGAAAUAGCAGACGACAGUGCGCUGCGUCUUCCAUCCACUUUCGCGAUCCCUGGACGUGCCAGUGGAAGAUCUACAGUUGUUUUAUCAUUUAUCGAAUUUGCGAGAACGAUACGAACGACAAAUUUACGAAUAUGGCUGAAAUAACGGAUUUCGGUCCAAGAAAGGCGAUUUUUGUCCUAGCAAUUGUAGGCGGGUGUUUUGCAGUAUUGUGGCCGAAAAUUUUCUAUCCUAUGUUCAUAGCAUCUGUCAGUCCACAUUAUACGUCGGACAAUUCGGCAUGCUGCGAUGUAAUCUUUGAAAGUGAUGUCACUGCUGCUGAUAUUAUGUAUGAAAUAUGUCAGAAUAUACUGAAACAUCAUCAAAUUGAUCCAAGAGUAAGAGAUGUUUUGAAAACUGUAAAAUUAACACCACAAGGUGCAAGUUUGUGUAGAGAGGAAAUUUUAGCUAGAUGUGGUAUAGAUUUAUCUACAUUUCUUGCUGAAAGAGAACGCCUGGGAAAAUCUUAUAAACAAGUUUUAGAAGAAAUCAGAUCAUUUAAUAGUUCCCUCUGUCUUAAAAUACAUUUUGGUAUAGCUCUUUCUCAACUAGGAACUCCACAUCUAAUCAGAUAUCAUAUUCUAAUGCCGCACAGUACCAUAAAACAAGAACGAGGUACACCUCCACAUGCAGGUGGUUUACAUCCUGCAUUAAGAGAACGUGGUAGAACUAUUCCUUCCUCUCAUAUUGUACCAAAGGUAGCAGAUAGACCUGAUCAUGUUGUGCCAAAGAUGAGACCACCUUUAGGUGGUGCAGGACAUGUUGUUCCUGCACCAAAAGGAAAUGGUACUAUGGGAAUUAUUAUGCCAUUAUAUACUUCGGGCAUUGUACUAUUUUUCCUAUAUACAAUUGUAAAGGUGCUGAGAAAAAAUUCGGAUAGUGAAAUCAUUUCAGAAUAUCCAGGAGCUGCAGCGGAGAAAGAAUUUCGGAAAAUGGUAUUUAGUCCUGAAGCUUUUGCUACUGCAAUGACUGGUGGUACAAUGCAUUAUCAAAAGGAGAGAUUCCGAUCACCACAAAGGCUACCUACCAUAGAGGAAUUAAAGGACCAAGCGGCAGGAGACAUAGAGAUAGAUCAACUGAGACGACGUUUGGUCGAGACGGAAGCAGCCAUGGAAAGAAUUGUUGUUCAGAUGGGCAACAUAUCACGUUCAGUUAUGCAUAGUCCAAGCCCACAACAAGAACUCAAGAACGAUACCACUGUCCAGGCUGAACAUAGUACGACAGAUAAAGAAGUAGAAAACAUAGAACAUUCGCCAACUGUUAAAGUCAUAGGUAUGGAGAUGACAGCUAGUUGUGAGGGUAAGGGUAGUAGACCUACUACUCCUAUAAUUCCAAUUUCACAAAGCCAUAUUGAGAGAGAAAAAACACCACCAAAUCCGAUAUAUUUAGAAGGUGCACUUCCUCCACAAUGCGAAUUACUUGUAUCAGAUUCAGAAACACAAGCUCAAAAAGCAGAAGAGGAUGUAGAGGCACCUGUUGUACUUUCAGGCAAAAUGACCCUCUCUCUCAUCAGUCUCGACCAAAAUGCAGCUGUAUCUGAGGAAGAAGAUCAGAAAAUACAAAAUACAGAAGAUACAACAAUUUUGAAUAUGGAUGAUACAGAAAAAGCUUUAAAGGUAAGAACAACCACUGGAAAAGAGGAAGUAGAUAUCGAACUACAAGUUAAUGAAAUGAAAGAAAUUUAUAAAGAAAAACAACAAGAGAUUGAAAAGGCAAAGGGAAAUGAAGAAGAUAGGGGAAGAGUAAAAUUAACUGAUAAGGAGGAGAGUGAAGAAGAUGAAUUGGAUAAAAGUGUAGAGGAGGAGGAGGAGGAGGAGGAGAGCGAGGAAGAAGAGAAGGAGGAGGAGGAGAGCGAGGAAGAAGAGAAGGAGGAGGAGGAGAGCGAGGAAGAAGAGAAGGAGGAGGAGGAGAGCGAGGAAGAGGAAGAGGAGGAGAUGGAGGAAGAGCAGGAGGAAGACGACAACGAGGACGAAGAGGAUGAAGGGGAAGAGCAGGAGGAAGAGGAGGAUAAAGAGGAAGAAGGAGAAGAAGAGGAUGAUGAAGAGGAUGAUGAAGGGGAUGAUGAAGAGGAUGACGAAGGGGAUGAUGAAGAGGAUGACGAAGAGGAUGACGAAGAGGAUGAUGAAGAGGAUGACGAAGAGGAUGACGAAGAGGAGGAAGAGGGAGUGACGGGAAGCGAAUAGGAAAUGGAAGAAUAACAAGAGAAAGGAAAUAUAUAAAAAAAUAUAUAUUUUACUUUAAAUAUAUCAGUGAGAGAAAACAAAUAUGGUAAGUCAGAAGAUAAUGACAGUUGUAAAAACAACGAAAUUGUAAAAAUUUAGCAAGGGAAAUUAAAUAGAACAAAUUAAAGAUGAAAAUAAUGGGUUACAUUAUAAUGAAAAGACAAUUCAGGAUAAAAAGAAAAACUAUGAUGACGAACUAACGUUUGAUUGAAUCAGUGUUUACCAAUCUUGAAAAUUUACAGACUAUAGUAAGAGAGAAAUAACAAAAUAAUCACGAAUGGUAUAGAUCUUGGUUAAGCACUGCCAAAGACCUAAUAUGUUCAUAAGAAUCGAAUUUAUUAUAUGAUUACAUUUUUGCCUAUUGUAUCUUAUAUUUAUAUUUCAUAGGAUCAAAAAUUUACUAAUCAGAGGGGCCAAGUAAGAGGCAGUGCAUCGUGCACAUAUCUGAUAAAGUCAUUGUGCAAUAAUGACCACAGAAUUCAAGCACAGGCAAUAGGCACUAAGUAAUUAUUAAUAUGUAUCACUGUGGUAUUAAUCCUAUAUCAGGUAUGGUGAUUGGCAAGCACUGAUCUGUAUAACGCUUGUACACAUACCAAUUGUUUAAUGUUAUCUAGAAUUUUGUAUUAUGCUGGCAAUUUAUUAAUUUCUUGUUCAUUUUUUAUCACAUUAAAUUUUAUAUGGAAUUCUGUAUGCAGUAUUUGAGUUACAUUUAACUGAGAAUUUUUCAAUAAUGUAGUUUAUAAAACCAUUUAGUAUAUAGCCAUGUCAUUUUCAUACCUAUGUUUAAUUAUGCAGUGCCAUAUUGAAUGCAAACACUCUUCAUCAUAUUAUGUAUAAUUCCCUGACGUUCGUUAUGUAAAGAUGAAAGAUAUAAAAAUACAAGUUGAAAUCGUA